AUGUCUACAGGUGUUGUGAAAAGGAAGGUCCAGUUUAAUGAGGAGACUCUCACUGAGCAGGUGCUAGAGUUGAAUCCGAAAACCUAUGAUAUCUAUAUGCGUAUGAACCAUUCAGCGGAAUAUGAUUUUUGUUUCCAAGUCAAUGACCAAACCACAUUUAAGGAUCUUUUCAAGAUUUUCAAACUUCCAAUGGUUUUCUCUCCAUCAAUUUUUUACAGUAAAGACCCAACAGGUUUUUCCGUCUCAACUCACCCAGGCUAUUUGAGUAGAACAGGCACAGUUGUAUUCGACACGUAUGCACACAAACAGAAGUAUUUAACGAGAAUCUCAAAUUUGAAUGACAAAAUCUCUCAACACUGUCUACCAGGGCAAUUGAUUGUUCCAACUUUUGAGAGACGUUAUUUCUUGCAUUUUUCAGUUAUUUCCUUUUUUUUAGCAUGGUUAUUUGUUGAUCUACCAGAGCAUAUUGCUCCUAUCAAAGGUUUGAGUCCAACAUAUAGAUUGACUGACGUUAUUUGCUAUUUUAUCAAAGAAUUUCUUGACAAGCCCGAUAUUGCUCAGCAUUUUCAUGAUGGUAUUUAUGCACCAGUCGACGUUAUUGAACAGUGGAUCUACUUCUCCUUCCACCUAAUUAAGUGCACAAUGUUGUAUUUUUUUGUUUGGUCAGGUCUAUUCAAUCCAUAUUCCUUUAGAAAACCAGCGUUGGCUGUUACUAAGGAUGAGUUGAUUGAAAUUGGUUGGACUGGUGUUAAAAAGGGAGGUAAGGCAGAUGUUCAAGACGGUUAUAGAAGCUCGUUGAUUCAAGAACAUGGCACAAUCAUUGGCAUCUUUAAUGCUGGCAAGCUGGAAUACGUCAAGGAGUGUUUUAUUGAUUUACAGAGGGGAGAAGGUUAUGAUUAUAAAUCACCAAUUGACCCCAAUGUUGAAGUUCCAUUUAAGCUUACUAAAGAGCUGCUAAUGAAGGAACGUAAGUUCUUAGCCACAGAAUUGGCGAAAAUGCCCUACGAAAAUGCCUACAAAGAAUUGAAGAGGUAUAGAAAAAAUGGUCCUUUGGUUCCCUGUGUUCAAUUAAAGGAGAUGGUUGAACGCAAGUUUGCGAAAAUUGAUGAAAGUAUCAGACAAAAGGCUUACAAUAACCCUGUGCUUAAAAAGAAUCAAUAG